UGUUCCAAUCCCCUCCAAAUCAUGUGAUUCAGGUGUUCCAAUCCCCUCCAUAUCAUGUGAUUUAGGUGUUCCAAUCCCCUCCAUGGACACAGGUGUAUACAAUCAAGCCCCUAGGCAUGCAGACUGCUUCUACAAACAUUGGUGAAAGAAUGGGUCGCUCUCAGGAGCUCAGUGAAUCCAAGCGUGGUCCCGUGAUAGGUGGCCACCUGGGCAAUAAGUCCAUCCGUGACAUUUCCUGGCUACUAAAUAUUCCACGCUCAACUGUUAGUGGGAUUAUAACAAAGUGGAAGCCACUGGGAACAACAGCCACUCAGCCACCAAGUGGUAGGCCACGUCACAUGACAGGGCGGGGUCAGCGCAUGCUGAAGCGCACAGUGCGCAGAAGUCACCAACUGUCUGCAGAGUCAAUAGCUAAAGACCUCCAAACUUGGUGUGGCCUUCAGAUGAGCCCAACAACAGUGCGUAGAGAGCUUCAUGGAAUGGGUUUCCAUGGCCGAGCAGCUGCAUCCAAG